GUUGGUAGCAAUGCCGAAAGCUUGCGACGCGACGGGCGCUCGUGGUUUGGUUUGUUGCUACCGGUUGCAACCAGCAGCAAUUGUUUUGCGCGCGGCAGGGCGUAUAGGUUACGUUCACGUUGAUCUCGUUCACUCGAACUGACUGUGUGGUAGUGCGAGUUAUUGAGUAUCGUGGCCUAGUAUAAUUGGUAUCUUCUGCAUUUUGGUUACAUUAACUGAGCCACCAUGUCUCUCUUGAAUAAGCCAAAAUCCGAGAUGACUCCUGAGGAAUUAGCGAAGAGAGAAGAAGAAGAGUUUAGUACUGGCCCAUUAUCUGUGCUGACACAGUCAGUCAAAAACAAUACUCAGGUUUUGAUUAAUUGCCGAAACAACAAAAAAUUAUUGGGACGUGUGAAAGCCUUCGAUAGGCAUUGCAACAUGGUUCUUGAAAAUGUGAAAGAGAUGUGGACAGAACUACCUCGCACAGGAAAAGGCAAAAAAAAGGCCAAGCCUGUCAACAAGGACAGAUUCAUAUCGAAGAUGUUCUUGAGAGGCGAUUCUGUUAUCUUAGUGCUCCGAAAUCCUCUAGCUACUGCAGCUGGCAAAUGAUUAAUUCAGUGAUUGUAUGAAUGGGUAUAUAAAGCAACAAAUUUUUAUGUGUAAGAUGUAUCAUUACUUUUUAAUAAAUCCAAGAAACUUACAUUGGUAUUUUCAUAAACAAAAAUCAAAACUUUAAAUUUAGUCUUUUUCAGCAAUUGCAGUAAGAUGUCUGUCAACCUCUUGCUCUGUCAAAAUUCUGAAACAA